GACCUGCUGGAGGCGGCGCGCGAGGGGUCCGCGCGGGAGGUGCGCCGCCUGCUGGAGGCCGCCGCCAACCCCAACGCCGCCGACGCCGACGGGCGCACGGCGCUGCACUGGGCCGCCAUCUACGGCCGCGCCGACUCCCUGCAGGAGCUGCUGCGCUGCGGCGGCAACGCCAACUGCAGGAGCCACCGCAGCGUGCGUGGGUUCACGCCGCUGCACGAGGCGUCGCUGCGCGGCCACCCGGCGUGCGUGGCGCUGCUGGUGGACGGCGGCGGCGCGGACUGCGAGGCGCGCGACGACACGGGCUGGACGCCGCUGCACCUGGCGGCGACGCGCGGCCACGAGGCCACGGUGCAGGCGCUGCUGGCGCGCGGCGCCUCGCCCCUCGCCAGGAACAUCUGGGGCAAGCGGCCCGCCGACAUACAUCCAAAUUCCAACAUAAUGGUAUCAUCAGUUUGUCUACUCCAGAAUCAUCGCACACAUGCACUAAGCAGAUUAAUGCAUGUGCGAGUUUCUACAGUACGGAUCAUAAGGUGAUAUCUGACUUUAGCUUAAUUGGUGUGAAAAGGAGAAUCCAUGCAGCAACUUGCUAAAUUUUGCCUGUGUGUUGUUGAGUUACCUGGUACACGAGUAUGGAUCGUGCUUGGUGUUCUUUUAAUUAUACUGACAUUUUCAGCCGUUUUGUACCUUUUAUUAAAAAUAUUUCGAACAAUGUUGGAGCCUGAGCUAUAGAUAUUACGAAGUUGUCUAGAUGGUCGCAUCAAUACUAGGUCACUAGCGACCACUAGUGCAUAUAACGGUAUGGUAACUAUGAGGAUGACUCGAUAUGAUGAUGAUGAUAGGGGUGUGAAAGGACGAACACAAUACAACCAUGCCCGAGGCGGGACUCAAACCCGUGAUCCUUCGGUCCGAGAUCGCUACGGCACUACUGCCUUAGCAAUCUCAGUCAUCCGGAGCGGCUAUUGUUGUUGUUGUUGUUGUUAUUAUUAUUAUUGUUGUUAUUAUUGUUAUCAUCAUCAUCAUCAUUAUAAUUUUUAUUUUGCAAGAAUGUGUGCCCCUCCGCUCAAAAAAAAAAUGUACAGUCCCAAACAUUCAUUUAUCAGUCACUGGCAUUUCAGUACUCCUCACAUAGAAAGGAAGCUAAUACCUGGGUUGUAAUGAUUCCUAUAUACCCUUUGCGAAACAUAAUCACUUGAGCAGAACUUUGAAGCUGCUGCAUGAAGGUGCGGACGCCACAUAAUACACAUCAUUGCUCUUCCUACAUAAAGAGCAUGAACUUCCCAAGGGGUGCUUUUAAUAGAUAUUUGAAAAUAUUUUUUAGAAUGGAACGGGUAUAUCUUCUUCAUUGUUUUUUCUAGCUUAGCAUGGUGCCUCUGGCAGAUAUUUUCAUUACUAAAAAUUAUUGUUUAUGUUAUGCAAGUUCAUUACAAACAUAUAUUUUACACAUGUUGGUCUGACUUAUUUCAACUUUUCCUUGGAAUUAUGUCCAUUGGUCAUUUUACGGGCACUAUGCAGGGCUAUUAGUAGUUGGGGCUACCAACCUCAUUUCUGUGAGGAACUGAAAUAAAGUGUGGAAAGACUCUAUAACUCUAUAAAACAAUGAACAUUCCUGUUCUCCCUUUCGGCAUAAACAAGGGUAACAACAUUCAAAGAAAACAAAGAAUAAUGGCUGAAGAAACACAAAUCUUGAGGUAUGUCAAAGGCCAUACAUGAAUGAACCAAUUGAGAAAUGAAGAUGUAAGAAAAAAACGAAAUAGGCAGGAUAGAAGAUAAACUAAAAGAGUAUUGAAUCAUCUGAAAAGAAUGAACAAUGAAAGAUUGUCCGAGCAGACCUAUUACAAGCCAAAUGGAAAGAGAGAUGUAGAAAGAUCAAGAAAGAGAUGCCCCUUACUAGUAAACUUGACUUUCCCA